CGCUGAUAUCAGCGAUCUCUUUCAUUGAUACACCCCAAUCAGCCUACUAUCAAGAUGGCCCCGCGCACCCGAAACGACUUCACAAUCGCCAUACUUUGCGCCCUCCCAGUCGAAGCCGACGCCGUCGAGGCCCUCUUCGACGAGACCUACAGCCGCUUGGGAAAGACUCUUGGUAAAGCCCCCGGGGAUGCGAACACAUAUGUCAAUGGAAGAAUCGGAAAGCACAAUGUAGUCCUAUGCCGCAUGUCAGGCCACGGGAAACGCAUCGCAGCAACCGCGGCAACAAGUCUACGGAUCAGCUAUCUGCAGAUCAAACUGGCUCUGGUCGUAGGGGCCUGCAGCGGUGCACCCUCGGCGGGCGGCAAAAACCUGUACCUUGGUGACGUUUUAAUAAGCGACGCCUUGGUUGAAUGUGACUUUGGGAGACAGUAUUCCUGGGGCUUCGAGCGGAAGACAGGUGUCAAGGAUACCUUGGGCAGACCUAAUCCAGAGAUAAGAGCAUUUCUGCAUGGGUUGAAGAGCUCGCGGGGGCGCAGAGAGCUCGAGUGUGAUGUUUCGCGGUAUCUCGAGACCCUUCAGCGAGCUCAGGCAGGAUGGAGCUAUCCACGCGCUCCUGACGUUCUCUUCGAAGCGUCCUAUCCUCAUAAUCACCGUGCUCGGAACUACUCUGCCCAUUGCGGCUGCUCAACAACCAAUUGCCUCGAUGGUAUGUGCAACGAUGCUCGAAUGAAGGACUGCAAUGUACUUGGUUGCUUCGGGGGUCCGGUCGUCCGUCAGCGAGAUGUUACAGCAGCACCAAAGCCAUCUGUUCACAUCGCAUCAAUUGCCACUCUAAACACCGCCAUGAAGUCUGCCAAGCAGCGCGAUGAAACCAUAUGCAAGGAAGACGUGGCAGGCUUCGAAAGGGAGGGCACAGGGGUGUGGGAAAGCCUCCCAACUGUCAUUAUCAAGGGUGUUAAUGAUUAUGCCGAUGGCCACGGAAGCAGGAAAUGGCAAGCAUACGCAGCUGCAACCGCAGCAUCUACUGCCAAAGCCUUCUUAUGGUACUGGGUGAAAGAAGACGAUGCUAGCAAAAAGGACUACCGAACAGUCAGGUUUCCUAAAAGCCUGCUACUUAAAGGUCGCUAAGCAAACCGACCAACCUGGCCGCCUAACGGACACAAGGAACACGGGUGGGAGUAUAUAAAUAUUUGUUAUUCAGGAUGUACUCGGAGUUGGGGAAAUGUACAUAAAAUAAAACACAUAAUAACGCAUCAGACGUUCUUUCCCAGUUCAGAAUACAAGAUAC